AUGUUUCUCAAGAAUGAUUUAGAAUUUCGAGCGUUGUGUUGGACGCUAGCACUCAUACCAGUGGUGUCUGCUGGCAUCGCUUGCCUCAGCAACCCGUGUCUGCACGGCAUAUGUAUCGAUGACCUCAACAGUACCUACAUGUGCUACUGUAUAGAUGGGUACACUGGUGUACACUGUCAAACCAACUGGGACGAAUGCUGGUCGGGUCCCUGCCAGCACGGCGGCACCUGCCUUGACGGCAUCGCCUCUUACAACUGCACAUGUCCUGAAGGAUUCAUUGGUGAUAAUUGCGAGACGAAUUUCAAUGAAUGUGAAUCGAACCCAUGUCUAAACAACGGUACAUGUAUCGACAUGACGAACGAGUAUGUCUGCCAUUGCAUGCCCGGCUUCUCCGGUGACCAUUGCGAGGUGGACGCCGCGGUGUGCGAUGGUGACGAGGUGCGAUGUCACAACGGUGGACAGUGUGUUGAAGGACCUGGGUAUAAGUUUUAUUGUAGGUGCUCGCCAGGCUGGGCGGGUAAGUUCUGUGAAGAUCAAAUAGACGAAUGUGAAUCUAAUCCAUGUCAAAAUGGAGGAAUGUGUAUUGAUAUACACGCGGAUUAUAUGUGUGCUUGUGCUUAUGGAUUCACAGGUAAAAGUUGCGAAGUUCAGAUAGAGUUCUGCGAUGAUAAUUCUUGCAGCAAUGAUGCUUUGUGUGUUGUGGAGGACGACGUUAGAGUUUGUUAUUGUGUACCCGACUACCACGGGGAAAGAUGCGAAUUGCAGUACGAUGAAUGUUUACUCGGACCAAGAUGUAUGAAUGGCGGUACUUGUAUAGAUGGAGUUGAUAACUUUACCUGUUCCUGUCCACCGAAUCUUACUGGCACGUUAUGCGAAUGUCUAAUUAUAAAUGAGGAUCAUAUCGAUUGUGAAUAUGUUAGUCCUACAACAUUGUAUAAUAUAACAGCGUCAGUGCACACUACAAAUACUGAAAAAAUAACUACAGAAGUUAUUUCAACUGUUCCAACAACGAUUAACAAUACUUCAAAUGACUUGACAUCUCAAAGUGAACCUUGGACCACUACUAUAGUAGAUUUUACUUCAAGUACAGAAGCCAUAUCGCAAGCAAUAGGUGAAAAAACAAGCAGACAAGAAACAACUACACUUUCAUAUUCAAAUACAUCUGAAACCGAAGAAACUACGACAAGUACUACUGAAGUUUUCACAUUAGUACCACAAACACAAAAAACUAUAAGUUCGGAGGAUUUUAAAACAGAAAGUACGUGUAAAGACACUUGCGAUAAAGUACCUGAACAUACUUUAACUACUUUCAGCGAACUUGAAGCGACAUUGUUCAACAAUCAGACAUCAAUAGCAGUUACAUAUCCAACAAAAGUAACCACUGAAUCCCAAAAUCAAACUACAACAGAAAUAACUACUUUAACUUCUACGGAAUCAACAACUAAAACUACAAUUGAAGAUAUAACAAUUCCAACAACGAUUUCAAACAAGAUAGAUACUACAGAAAAAAUGUUCACAGAUGUACCAACAGAAUAUUCAUCAACAGAUGCUUCUGCUUAUACAACUGAAUCAGUUGAAACCACAACAUUAUUUGAUAAUGCAACUCACGUUUACACAACUGUACAAUCAGAAUGCACAGACUCCAUUUGCAACAACCACGGAAGCUGCGCCAAUACUAUACACGGUAUUAGAUGUCAUUGCUUAUUCAACUAUGGAGGAAGAUUCUGUGAAGAGAAAUUAAGAAUAACAACUGCUGCUUUCGGAGGGAAUUCAUAUAUAGUACAUCGUUUAAUCAACACAACAUCGAUUAGUAUAGAAUUCAGUGCAAAAACAUUAAUCACCGAUGGUCACAUAAUGCACGUAGAUAUAGCUAGUGGGGCGUACAUGGAAUUAUUUUUAAAUUCAGGAUUAUUAAAAUUUAAAUUUUCUUGUGGCUACCAAACAAUGCUAUUAAGUGAAUUAAAAACUUAUGUCAACAAAGGAUAUCAAAUGAAGAUAGAAACAAGAUUAGAUUUAUAUUUAAAUCAGCAACAAUGUAAUGCAACUCUUCAUUUGAACGAUACAGUCGCGAUGAGCGGUGGACAGAUUGCUAAUAUAAGUAUAGUAGACCAUGAUAUUAUGCUAUAUUUCGGUAUUGUACCUGACAGUAAUUAUACCAAUAAUAAACCUUUUAUUGGAUGCAUUAAAGAUUUGAAGGUAAAUAACAAGAGUCGGGAAAUAUUUGGUGAAGCAUUUAAUGCUGGCGAAGUGACAGAAUGUUCGUCUCUGUCGUGCUUGUCUGGACCCUGUCUCAAUGGCGGAACUUGCAAUGACCAAGGUGAUGGUUACUCUUGCUCUUGUGCUAAUGGUUGGAUGGGAGAGAACUGCAAGGAGUCAAUUUGUGAACACAACCCGUGUGAAUCUGGAGGCAGCUGCGUCAGGUACCCGGGGAGCGGGUUCCUUUGCCUUUGUCCAUACGGCAAACACGGCAUCUUUUGCGAAUAUAAUGUUGAGAUAACCAGGCCGUCGUUAGCGCCAAUCGCUCCCGGCGUGUCCUCGUACUUGGUGUACCCGCUGUCGGCAGCCGCGCUGAGCUCGGAGCGCUUCGAGCUGCGUCUCCGCUUCCAGACGGCCGACAUGGACCAGAUCGCGCUACUCGCCUUCGUGGGCCAGAGCGGCCGGCACGGAUCUCGCUCCCAACACCUCGCACUCACCUUCGUUAAGGGCUAUCUCAUGCUCACAUGGAAUAUGGGCAACGGUCCUCGUCGGGUGUUCACAUCGCGCGCGGUGGGCGUGCGGCGCGGCGGGCAUGCGGUGCGCGUGUGGCGGCGCGGGCGCAGCGCCGGCAUCAGCGUGGACGGCCGCCACAACGUCUCCGGCAAUGCGCCCGCUCCGCCUCAGCACGACAAGAUGACCUUACUGCCUUAUUUAUAUAUUGGUGGUCAUCCGUCAUUUAACUUCGCGGAAUUGCCGCACGACCUGCCGCUGCACAGCGGAUGGCGCGGGUGCGUGUGGGACGUGAGCGGGCAGGCGGCGGGCGGGCGCGCGGCUGCCGGCCGCGGCGUGGGCCAGUGCGGCGUCGCCCAGUGCACCGCCAGCUCCUGCAACGCACCGCGGGGACUCUGCAUACACUCGCCAGCUACUUACGGAUGCAUCUGUAACGAGGGGUGGUUCGGGCCAACUUGCGCAAGCGCGCAACCGGCGUGUGGGCCGCGGUCGCGCUGCCGCGGCAACUGCGUGCUCAGCGGGGAUGGACGUGCUCAUUGCGACUGCCCCUACGGCAUGACCGGCGAAAACUGUGAACAUGACGUAAUUCCAAUAGACGUAAUGUUCAGCGGCGUGAGAUCGUACCUGCGACUGCUACCGCGGUCUAUAUCCAGCGUCAGUUUGUCUCUGGAGGCGGAAAUAAAGCCGGACAAGGAGCGCGGCUUGCUCAUUCUGGUGCAGACGCCUCACUUCUACACGGCGCUGUCAUUGCAAGGCGGUCUACUGGAGUACCGAUGGACAGAUCGUCUGUCGGGUCUGACGUCGCUGGUGCGCAGCGGUGUGGUGGCGGCGUUGCGGCGGUGGCAGCGCGUACGUGCCGGUCGCUAUGCCGCACGUCUCUACGUGUGGCUGGACGGCGCGCUCAGCACAGAGCCAAUGCUCGCACACGCAUACCCUCACACCGCCAGCGACGCUGAUAUCCUCAUAGGUGGUGCACAAGAUUUAUCAACGGUGCCAUUUGAUGCAAUGUCGGGACCUCCCGAGUCGUAUUCGGGCUGCAUUAGACACCUGCACGUCAACAACGUUCCCUUGCCUUUGGACCAACAGAACAUACGAGACGGUCGCAAUGUGGGCGCGUGCGGAGGCGCUGCGUGCGAGGGCGGACGCUGCCGGCGCGCCGCGUGUGACCCGGCGCGUUGCCGCGCACCACACGGUCAUUGUCGGCGCUCGCGCUGCGUCUGCGCCGCGGGACGCGCCGGUGAACACUGCCAGACGCAUAUCAAUAUAACGAUUCCACAAUUUGGAGGCGACUCGUUGUUGUCAUUGCCGAGACGACAGUUGCGACCUCGUGAGCAGCGCCUCGCCGCCGCCGCCACACACCUCGCCCUCAACUUCACCACAUCAGAGCCAAGCGGACUACUACUAUGGAUAGAUAUGGGUAUUGACUAUCUCGGUAUCGGUAUGGAAAAUGGAUACAUAAAGUUGGUUUGGUCCUUGCAUUGUGACGUCACAGAAGUGGUGAAGCAAGAUGAAAAAUCUUUACCAAUCCGACCUCGAAGACUUUCAAGAAUUCUUCCAAACGUCGGCUUUCUAGCUGAUGGCGAGUGGCACAAGAUUGUACUGGAGUUUGGAAAGAAAAAUAUCACAUUGACCGUCGACAAACAUCUAGCGUUCAUAGAGGAGUCUUGUGAAAGGGACCAAACUAACAAUGUGGACUUGUUUAUAGGUGGAGUAAACGAAGAAGAUAAUCCAGCUGUGAAAACAAUAUUUCCGCAAAACUUUAAAGGAUGCAUCGAUCAGAUAUCAACCCGCGAGGACUCCUUCAUUACAAACUACUCUGAGUUCUACAGCGAGAACGUUAACUCGUGCCAACUCUUUCCGACUAAUUAAUUUCAUAU